UUUCCGAUCCCGAUCCCGAUCCCGGUGCCGGUGCCGCCGCCAUGAGCGCUCCGGGGCCGCCGGGCCGCGGGUUGGUGUUCGCGGAGCGCCAGCUCCGGCGGCACGGCUGGAGGCGAGGGCAGGGGCUGGGCCGGCAGGAGCACGGCAUUGCCGAGCCCAUCCGGGUGAAGGUGAAGUGCGGCACAGCCGGGGUGGGACACGACGCAUCCGAGCCCUUCUCCUUCCACUGGUGGGACCACGUCUUCAACCAGGCGGCCGCCAACAUCGCGGUGGAGGCCGGGCAGGACGGCAUCUCCCUGAAGGCGCUUUCCAAGCAGGGAGUCAGGAUCAGCAAUAGGAAGCCCCACAAGGCCAGCGGCACCCCCAGCUUGUUGUACGGCCGCUUCGUGAAGUCGGCCACGCUCACAGCGCACGGCGAGGAGCCCGCAGGCUCCGCGAGCAGCGAGGAGGAGGAGGAGGAGGAGGAAGAGCUGGACCUGUCCUCAGCCAGGAGGCUGACGGAUGAGGAGCUGAUGCGGGUGUGCGGGGGGCGCACAGCACACAAGGGUGCCCGGCACGGCCUGACGAUGAGCGCCAAGCUGGCGCGCCUGGAGGAGCAGGAACGAGCCUUCCUGGCCACGCUCGGACACGAGGAGCCCCCCGAGAGGCAGGGAAAGAAGAGGCAAAGGGAAGAGUGCAGGGAUGGAGCCAGUGCCAAGGCGCUGCAGAGGCAGGGGCCGAGCGAGGAGGAGGAGGGAGACGAAGGAAAGGCUGCAAAGAGGAAGAAGAAGAAGCACCAGGAGCCAAACGGAGAAGAGGAGGUGGCGGGAGAGGAAGGGAAGGCUGCAAGGAGGAAGAAGAAGCAGCAGCAGCAGGAGGACAAAGAAGAGCCAAUUGUGAUGGAGAAAAGGAAGAAGCAGGAGAACAAGGAAGAGCCAAUUGUGAUGGAGAAGAAGAAAAGGAAGAGGCAGGAGAAGGAGAACGAAGAAGAAUCAGUUGUGAUGCAGAAGAAGAAGCAGAAGGAGAACAAGGAAGAGCCAGUUGUGGUGGAGAAGAAGAAAAGGAAGAAGCAGGAGAAGGAGAAUGAAGAAGAAUCAAUUGUGAUGGAGAAGAAGCAGCAGAAGGAGAACAAGGAAAAGCCAAUUGUGAUGGAGAAGAAGAAAAGGAAGAAGGAGAACGAAGAAGAACCAGUUGUGAUGGGGAAGAAGAAGCGGCAGCAGCAGCAGGACAAAGAAGAGCCAGCUGAGGCAGAGAUGCCUCUGGAAGACACAGAUGGGCCAGACCAGGCCAGCCACAGCCCCAGGAAGAAGAAGAAGAGGAGGAGGAAGAAGGACCCGGAGUGAACAAGGGCCCCAUGGCUGGUUCCAUCUGGCUGCAAGGGUCCCAAUUCCUGUCCUUGGUGCCCAAGGAUGCUCUGGGCUCUUUGCGGCCUGGCCAAGCGUUCAUCCCUGCCUGGGGAUGCUGGGCUGGGACUGCCUGGUUUGGAGCUGGAUUGAGCUUGACUUCCAUCAGGGAGCACCCCACUUCCAAGCAGGGACCCCUUUGCCGUGGGGCUGUCCCCGAGGGACGCAAGGGGACAGACCCCAGAGAGCACCGAAACGUUCCGUC